AUGAUGCUAAUGAUCUAACCAAGACCAUCUGAAUUUCAAGAAAGCGAAAAAUCUUUUUCUGUUGGCAAAAAUGGAUACAUCAGCAUUGACUUUACUCCAAUGAUAAAACCUCAAGAAAAUAGUCCCUAUGUAGCAGAUAUACAAAACAGAAAAAACAUUAUAGUGACUAUGAAGAGUGUUGGUGAUAUUUUGGAUCUUGAUUCUAGAUCUCAAUUUGACAGUGAAAAAGAUAGUGAAGGUUUUUUCAUCUAAUAUCAGGGUCAAAACGAAGACGACCCGAUCAAGGUGUUAAGAAUGAAUAAAAUACCAGGAGAGCAAUAUAAGUUUUCAUAUUGCGAAGUGGGUGAUGAUGAGCAAGUAGGCAAUGUUACAAGCAUGGAUUUAACUUAUGGAGAGGUCAGGAAUAUACAGAUACUGAUAGAAUACUCGGUACCUUUGCUGCUAGGCUGGCAUUGCAUUUACAAUCCAUCAGUUAUUUAGGAAUCUAGCACUGAAUACUGA